AUGGGAACUUGUUCUUCAGCUCAGAAGAAGGUAGAUUCCACUGCAAAAGCUUCAAAUGGUGUGUGCUUUAAGGCCAAGGAUGUUUCUAUCCCAUCUCCCAUAAAGGAGAAGGCUUUAAAUGAGGAAAACCCUGUUGGACUCUGUAUAGCUCUAGCAUUCACAUUUCCAAUCAUCCUGCAUCCAAUUUACGAGAUUAUAGAGAUGAAGCUGGCUUCAAGCGGAUGGUCGCAGAAGUUCUGUUGCAAUGCCCACGGUGAGCGCCUUGGCCUUCACGGAGCUCGUAUGCUAGUGCUUCUGAUAAUCACCACCGUAGCUUCCUGCAUUCCCGGUUUUGGGGCUUUCAUUUCUCUUGUGGGUAGUACAGUUAGCGCCAUGCUUGCUUUCGUCUUGCCGGCCACAUUCCAUCUUUUGCUCUUGGGAUCCAAGCUGAAGCUCUGGCAGAGGGCAGUAGAUUAUCUUAUACUUCUUGUUGGGAUUGCUUUUGCCGGUUAUGGCACAUAUGAUGCUCUCAGUCAUCAUCUCAUGGGUUCUUAGUAUCAGUUCACGAAUUGGACAAAUUAUUCUCUGCGGAGUCCGGACUUCGUCCAGAGACCAAUAAAAUGUGCCACGUCACUUCAAAAGUGUACCGCACUCGUACCAAGCGCGAUACCGAGCGGUACCGACGCUCGAUACUAUUCGGUAUCAAGCGGUCCGAUAUCUGCACAAAAUAAUCUCUCCACUGAUUGAGGAAAGCUUCAGUGUUUGAACCUUGAGUUUGUUUUAGUUUAGUUUGUUCCGGUAGGUCUGCCAGGGCUCAGCAGAGAUGUGAAGGGAAGACAAAGGCGUUGCCGUUAUUGCCCUCACCACAGAGCUUUUGUUAAGACAGUAUUAGUUACUCUUUAAUUAAUCUUGUACUCCAAUUACUUGCUUCCACGUGUCCUACACUCUAUAGGUGUCUAUAUAUACUUGUCUACUCCAUUUGUAACAGAUGAAAACAUAAUAAAAUCACUGAGUUUGUUUACUGUUCA